AUGACGCGAGCACCACUUAAGAUAGCUGUCGUUCCUGGUGACGGCAUCGGGGUGGAGGUCAUGCCCUAUGGCGUGCAAUGCCUCAAAACCGUUGCUAGCAUUUUCGACAUCCCCUUACAGUUCGAGAGCUUUGAUUUCGCCAGCUGCGAUUAUUAUCAGAAGCACGGCGCGAUGAUGCCCGACGACUGGAAGAAAACCCUCCUUCCCUUCGACGCCAUCUAUUUCGGCGCGGUUGGGAUGCCCGACAUUGUGCCUGACGACGUCAGCCUCUGGGGCAGUUUGCUGAAGUUUCGCCGUGAGUUCGAUCAGUACAUCAAUCUGCGGCCAUGUCGGUUGAUGCCCGGGGUUCGCUGUCCCUUGGCUGGGCGCAAACCAGGAGACAUUGAUUUCUGGAUCGUCCGCGAAAACACAGAGGGCGAAUACAGCAGCAUCGGCGGCAAGAUUUUUGAAGGGACGGACCGAGAAACCGUUAUCCAAGAGACCGUCAUGACACGGGUCGGCGUUGACAGGGUGCUCCGGUACGCUUUCGAGCUUGCGCAGAGCCGCCCUCGCAAACGCUUGACCAGUGCCACCAAGAGCAAUGGCAUCAGCAUCACGAUGCCCUAUUGGGAUACCCGGGUGGUGGAGAUGGCCAAGAACUACCCCGACGUGGCGCUUGACAAGUAUCACAUUGAUAUCCUCACGGCACACUUUGUGCAGAAACCCAACAUGUUCGACGUGAUUGUGGGCAGCAACCUCUUUGGCGAUAUUCUGUCUGAUCUUGGUCCUGCCUGCACUGGCACGAUAGGCAUCGCGCCGUCGGGCAACAUCAAUCCGGAUGGCAAGUUUCCAAGCCUAUUCGAGCCUGUCCACGGCAGUGCGCCAGAUAUCGCUGGCAAAGGGCUUGCGAACCCGGUUGGCAUGAUCUGGGCCGGUCAAAUGAUGCUGGAGCACUUUGGUUAUAAGGAUGCGGCAGCUGUCAUGCUCAAGGCUAUCGAGAACGUCUUGGCAAGAUCUGAACCAGACGUCGUUACUCGCGAUAUGGGUGGGAAUGGCACGACUAAAAGUUUCGGCGAAGCUGUGGCUGGUGAGAUCGCGAGUUUAGGAAAAGGGGCAUCGAAUUAG